GCUUUCACAGCGAAGCAGCAGCCAGCAGCACGCUGCUUCCCUCUGUCGACUGAAAUUGUGUAAUACAACAAUACACGCAAUUCGAUACAGUAAACAUUUAAACGUCACUUCCUGCUAUAUUUAAGCUGGAAAACCUACAUCAACUGCUUAAUUGUAAAAAACGAUUGAUCGGCCAUUACGGUUAUCUAUAACAAACGCAAUUCCCAAGGACUACUCGCUGAAAUUGUUUCCAUAUAGCCUGCUGAGUUUGUCGUGAACCGCCCUGCUGUAGCCUAUUUGCAACUGCGAUGAAGGGACCCAACGCAGAAACCGAACCAGUGGAGGAGGCCAGUUCAUCACCCGACAACGAGGAGCUUCCGCCUUAUCUGCGGGAGGACCCCCCAGAAGGGCCGGAGAAGGACCACCCGAAGGCGGAGGCGGGCGUGAUCUGGAGGGUGACGGGCGGCCUGUUCAACAUGACCAGGGGCGCGGUGGGCGCCACCCUGGGGGGCGUGGCCUGGGUGGGCAGCAAGAGCUUCCAGCUGACCAAGACCGCGGUGACCAGCGUGCCGGCGGCGGGGGUGGGCCUGGUCAAGGGGGGCGUCUCCGUGGUGACGGGAGGGGUCGGAGCCGUGGGGUCAGCGGUGGCCAGGAAAGUCACGCCGAAGAAGAAAGACAAGGCCGACUAGGCCCGGCCCUCUCCUUUGUAUUUUUUCUUUUUGUUGUUUUCUUCACCUGGGAGAUCGACAACAGAUCCUCUCUGAAAGGGUUUUGUUUAAGGUACAACACAAGAAGCGACGUGAAAAGGAUAUAAAAUCCAUUACACCCUACUUAUGAUUGUAAAAUUAUUGGGGGUGGGAUAAGGGAGAUGAUCUUAUUUAUCCACCAGAAGGACAAAGUAUCCCAUAUUCCUUUUUAUACCUUCAAUAGAUUAAGAGUAGAUACAUAUUUAAUGGAUUGGCAGUUGAAUGCCCUUCAAGUUGGAAUAGACAGGCCUUUGGUGAGAUAGUUGAUUUGUCUGUUAUUGACAAUAACUAGAAACUAGUGGUGUGAAUGUUCCAUAAUCCUUCAGCUUGGAAUAGCAAUCAUGAAGACAUGCUGGUGUAAUAUAACCAAGUAUUGUGGUAUAAACUGCAUUUUCAUGUAGUGAAAGACAAAGAAAGGUAAAGAGGUAAGAAUUGCUACAUUUCCAAAGAUGAAGUUCUCUCUGUCACGUUGAAUAUUUUUACUUUUUCUGAAACUUUAUGUUUUGUGGUGAUUUCGUUGACUUUGCCUCAUCUUGGACAAAUAAACACUCCGCAAACGCUUAAAAUGUAAAAAAAAAAAAAAAAGAAAUAAUAAUGUUUCUGUUUAGAUACGUUCAACUCAACGCACAGUCUGAAAUUAGCCUCUGGUCGGACGCCAUCCAUUAUUUGUAAGCGAAAGAACAAUGUUUGGAUUUGGUGCAGCCCUUAAGUUGGAACAACUGCAGUAAAAGGACGCUAUCUGUCAGCGUGAGCAAGCUCGCCACUGCAAUUAAAGACAAGGAAGGGAGUUUGAACAGAGGCAGCUAAAUGAUGUAAUGAUCACUUUCGGUACUUACCCGCCCUUAGAGGAAUGGAUGUUCCUCAUUUGAUGCCUGAACGACUAAUAUAGACAUACAGUGUUUACUAAUGAUCCUCAGAUGUAUUUGCGUUGUUUAAAGUGUACUCUCCUCCCAUUUAAAUCACUGGGACUGCAGCCUGACGGUAUUAUUCCUCGAUGCAUCUCCAGCGAGUGUUGAGGGAGCAGGCCCGGUCCAUCGGCGCUGAGCCGGAGCCAUUUUCGAAACCCGCCCGGAGACCACAGGCCUUUACCGACGAUCUCCACGUCAAACGAAUUCCGUGGGGACUAACUCGGACCUUGCCGGGGUUAUUUUGGGUCCAGUGCGACGGGGGCCGUUGUCCUCGCCAGUCGAGUUGAACUUGAAAUCCCAUGUUUUUAUUUUAGCUCGCGAGCAGAGACUCUGCCAAGUAUUUAUGGAGUGCCCGGGAUUUUCCGAGUGUAAACGUUUUUGGGGGGGAAGGCAGAUUAUAAAGUAAUUACUUAAGGAAAACAUUGGAAGUAAAAUCGCACAUUAUGAACCGCGGACCGUUACUGGAAUUAGCGGACAGGUUUAGUACAGUGCUGUUUCAGUGCAUUUCUCGCUCUUACACGAGCUCCGAGCCACCCAAUAGAUUACACACAAGGUCCCGUUCGCUGUCGUUUUGUAUUCCGGUCCUGGCUGCGUAUUAUGGAUUAACUUAUUUAAAAUUGAAAAUUAAAAUGAAUGCUACAGAACAGCCUCCUAUAUUAACGGAGGUGACAGUAUUUCCCUUAGGCGGCUGUCCCGGUUUCCAUUACGUUACGGUACAAAUAGGCACAUUUAGUCCAUAUUUAUAACUAAUUAAGGCUCACUCGCCGGUUGCAUUCUUACUAAUACAUUGGGCUUUUUCCUCAAAACAUUAGCCAUUUCCUCUCUGGGAAGAAAUGUGCUCGAACUUCUAGAAUGCAUUUGGGUCUCCUAGCAACGCUCCUCCCCCCUGGCGUCUGAAGACGCGGAGCGGAGAUGUCCGUCCCGCCCUGACGUCCAAUCGCUCGUCCCCGGGUGUGAACUUAAGAGUCAGUGUGAGUUUGCUUCCAUGGUGAAGUUUCAAUAAAAAUAAAAAAAACCCAGCGCUUGGCAAGGUUAGUUGUGUCUGCUAGAGCGUUGCACGCUGCAGGCAACGGUUUCCCGUACACACCGUGGUUCGUUUCUUUUAUAACGUUUUCUGUUUUUCAUUUGUUUGCCUUUCGCUUGUUCUUUUUCUUCUUUUUUUUUUUUUUUUUUCCUUCAGCGCAUUCGGUUCUGGUAGGCAUUUAAGGUAUUAGAGACCGUUACUGUAAACUGGACUUUGAAGACCGUUUCGAAUUUGUCUAUUAUAGAACUAUUUUUGCAAACUUGAUGCUGUAUUCUUCUUGAAAUAAAGUAUCUCUGUAUUUUAAUACA